GCGGCGGAGCGCCCUCGCGAGUGUGUACUACAGAAGUUUGGCGAAUGUCAAGCGAAUAUUUGGACGCUUUCAGAAGACAACGUGAGAUCCUCGCAUUGUACGAGCUAUCUCGACUUUUAAUAUUUACCUACAAACAAGUUGUUGAGCAAAUGGUCGCGAAUUUGCUCCUAACGGGCGCUUUGAGAGAUUGUUCCGGGUUUGCGAGCUGGCACCGCGUAACCCAAAGUAGACUUUAGAAAGUUGGCAUCGGCCUGCUAUAGCGAGCCUGUGUUAUGCAGAUUUAAUCUAUUUGAUUAGAUAGCAUUUCGAAAAAACUCAAGCGAUCUCGAGGGCAGAUGCAAUGACUGCCGCGAAGUACGGAGGCGAGGAGUUGGACUUCAGACUGACUUUUGGAGAGGACAGUCAAGCGACGGCCUCAGGCCACACAGAUGCAGAUAAUGGCCCGUCCUGCUACCUCUUCACUGCACUUCAGCAGCCUGUUUUCCAGCAGCAUCCAGAGCUGCAGUGUGUCACCCAAUCACCACACUCCCAAGGCCCUCUUACCAGCAGCUAUGUUGCUCCUAGCUCUGGAUCCAAUCCUGUGGAUUCUCCAAGCCGUGUGUUUGAUUGCCCCAGCAUACAGAUUACCUCCAUCCCAACGACCUGCCAACAAGAUUUGGGUGCCCAGCAACAUGGCUUCCAUUUGGAACAAGAAGGAGCCUCUGGUCCUCUAACAUCUAGGGACCAGCUGUAUUUACCUCUAGAUGUGUCCUAUAGAGACACCUCAGCACUGUGCCCAAGUCCCUGCAGUAGCUUGUCAUCCCGCAGCUGGCUCUCAGACGCCUCCUCGUGUGAGUCUUUCUCCCAUAUUUAUGAUGAUGUGGAGGCUGAGCUGACUGAAGCAGCAGCAGGCUUCAGGUUUACAUCGCCACUGGUGUCACCACAAGGCUCUCCUUUGCCCUCUCCUCUCGCCUCACCCCAAGCAUCUCCACAGGUGUCUCCUAUGGUGUCGCCCUUUGGCUCUCCAGGCUGUGCCUACACUGAGGACCCCUGGUCUCGUUAUCAUCAACAUCAACGUCCCUACUCUCAUUCACUGUCACCCCAUCAUUCACCUUAUCAGUCACCUCGCACUAGUGUUAACGAGGACACAUGGCUCAAUGCCCGGCAGCAGUCAUCAUCCUCCUCUAAACCAUCUUCUCGUCCAACUUCACCAUAUGGGAAGCGCCCGUAUUCCAGCGCAGACGGUAUUCCAGGGUCGUCUUCACCUCACCUCUCUCCCACUCCAAGCCCAUCUCACUCUCCAAGAGGCAGUGUGACUGAUGAAACUUGGUUGGGAAGUCCUGUCAUGAUGGCUGGCUCCUUCCAGGCGUGUGCACCUGACAUGGACAUCCCCUCUAAAACCAGACGGACUUUUCAGGGAAACAACAGUCAGGAUUGUAUGGCCCUGCUGCCUGGACAUGGGGAUUCAGGGCUUGAGGAGAAUAACCUUGUGUCCCCUUUGCUGGAUUCAAAUAUAGAAGUGUCACUGCCAACCCUGAAGAAGGAAGACAUAGUGGAAAACUACUUGUCAGUCCCUACAACCUUUACUUGGGGAAAACCUAAGCAAACACACACUCCUUUGUUCAGAUCCACAUCUUUACCUUCACUGGACUGUUCACUGCCCAGCCAGUAUGGGCAGUGUGAACUAAAGUUGGAGAUCCAACCCAAACCCCAUCACAGAGCCCACUAUGAGACUGAGGGCAGUCGAGGAGCCAUUAAAUCAGUAUGUGGAAGACACCCUACUGUGAAGCUCCUUGGUUACAAUGAGAAACCGGUCAGCCUCCAGAUGUUCAUUGGGACAGCUGACGAUCGCCAUGUGAGACCGCAUGCAUUUUAUCAGGUGCACAGGAUAACAGGAAAAACUGUGGCCACUCCAAGCCAGGAAAUGCUGAUUGGCAGCACCAAAAUCUUAGAGAUUCCUCUUCUUCCUGAAAACAACAUGUCUGCCAGUAUUGACUGUGCUGGGAUUCUGAAGCUCAGAAAUUCUGACAUUGAGUUGCGGAAGGGAGAAACUGACAUCGGGCGCAAGAACACGCGUGUGCGAGCUGUGUUCCGUGUGCACAUUCCCCAGGCUAACGGAAAAGUACUCUCGCUACAAGUGGCCUCCAUCCCUAUAGAGUGCUCCCAGCGCUCAGCCCAGGAGCUUCCUCAGAUAGAGACGUUCAGCCCAAACUGUGACUCUGUUAUGGGAGGCCAGGAGCUGCUUAUCACUGGCCCAAAUAUCACCCCAGAUUCAAAGGUCAUUUUCCUGGAAAAAGGCCAUGAUGGUAGAACUCAGUGGGAAGUGGAUGCAAAAACAGUUCAUGAAAAGAGUAUAGAUACUACCAUUGUGGUGAAGAUCCCUCCAUAUCAUAAGAGGAUCUUGGGGUCGUCCGUGCAGGUACAGUUUUACAUCAGUAAUGGGAAACGAAAGAGGAGCCUUGUACAACGCUUUACUUAUGUCCCAGCAGUGCAAGUAAAGCAGGAAUAUGAAAGUGUUGAAGAUACCACAACUUCGGACCAUGCAGAGCAGUUCAGCCCUCUGGAUCAGUGGCUCUACUCUGCAGGCCCAGUUUGUGUUCCAUCCUCCACUCAGUGUGGCUACUCUCCUAUGGGUUCCCCAUUUCUCAGUCAACAUCAUCCUCCAGAUGAUGCAUCUGGACUUCACCCAAUAUUACACCCAGUAUCACUGCAUUUUGCCAAGCCCUCCUCAUAUCAGGAACCUCAACAAAACCAAUCUUACAAUGGACAGCUCAGUCUUCCCUCUGGUGCCGCUUCAGUGCAAGGAGGCAGGCCAUCAGCUGUUUUGUCUGAGAAUGUGAGCUCUGUUCUAGGAAUUGGGUAUCAAAACACUCCUGGAGGUGUUCAUGGCUUGAACCAAGUCUCUGGUCACAGGCAUAAUGAGGGCCAUCUCAGCCCUACCUCAUGUACAACCCAGUGUGAUCCAAACAGCCUCAAUCACUAUCAAUCUGCUCAAGAUUCUGGAGAGCUGGUGGUGUUUUCAAAGUCCUCGUCCUCGCUGGAGGUUCUUGCCUCCACCACAGUGCCUUCUACCUCACACUUGAACAGAGAGGCUCUUGUGAACCCAAAGUCUAAUGCAGCCCUUUCCCCAGCUGGUACAAGUGGAACCUUAAGAUCUUUGGGAGCUGGAGCUUCAUUAAACCACUCCAUGGAUGGACAGAGGCUUAACAUUAAACAGGAACCGGAAAAGGAGAAGGAGCUCAGCUUCCAGUCUACUGGGCUGCAGGACAUCACUCUUGAUGAUGGUAUGAAUCUGGUAUUCUAGUAAGUGAGUGAGAUCAUAGUGAGAGAUUUGUUCCAGAGCCCGGAAUCGGCACCAGAUGGACGCUCCUAACUGAACGUAGCCACACUGAGAAAUCACAAUUGUUAUUGAACAGGAACGCAGCACUGUAGCUGCAGGAUUGAGAGUAUGUACUUUAGUGACUGCCACUAAAAGAAUGAAUAAAUGAAUGUGUUAUGAAUAUUGCUGUAUAUUAUGCUGAUUUAAUCCUAUGCUAGGUGAUAGCCUAUUUUGGCAAAUGUGAAUGUUCUGCCUGAGACUUUUUUUUUACAUUAAGGACUCAUUUGCUUGCAUCUCUGUCUUUUGCUAAGGUGCCUUAAGUGUAAAAUCUUCAAAUCUUUGUAAAUGUUGACUGUGAAGCAUAUUUAAAAACUAUGCAAGAUGGUUUUAUAAACAGAAUAUUUUAGAAUAGCUGCAUGGGAUCAUUUGGACUGUUACACCGCCGGCUGAUUGUGCUAGUUUAUCAUAUUUCAGAUUUUUUUAUGUGUAAUUUGGCAUGAUUCUUUGUGACUUUGUUGUGACUUUGUUGCAGAAAUGACAUUAAUUUGUAAUGCUUUCACGUAGUGAACCCGUUCAUUGAUACACGUAUUAGUCUGUGUGUUCAGUGAUUGUUUCCCAAAACCCAGGUUUUUAUUUAUAAAUUUGUAUGAAACAUUGUUACAUGACAUGUUUUAUUGAAAAUAAAAUUAGUUUUGUGCAAAGAUUUGAAAUAAAGCAAUUUGUCCCUAUAUACUUUGA